AGUGUGAAGAGAGCCCUGAUCUCACGGAUUAUGGGGCCCGUUACGACACCAAAAGUUUCACCGUUCCCGUGGCGGGUGGAGAGUGGGAAGAGAGCCCUGAUCUCACGGAUUAUGGGGCCCGUUACGACACCAAAAGUUUCACCGUUCCCGUGGCGGGUGGAGAGUGGGAAGAGAGCCCUGAUCUCACGGAUUAUGGGGCCCGUUACGACACCAAAAGUUUCACCGUUCCCGUGGCGGGUGGAGAGUGGGAAGAGAGCCCUGAUCUCACGGAUUAUGGGGCCCGUUACGACACCAAAAGUUUCACCGUUCCCGUGGCGGGUGGAGAGUGGGAAGAGAGCCCUGAUCUCACGGAUUAUGGGGCCCGUUACGACACCAAAAGUUUCACCGUUCCCGUGGCGGGUGGAGAGUGGGAAGAGAGCCCUGAUCUCACGGAUUAUGGGGCCCGUUACGACACCAAAAGUUUCACCGUUCCCGUGGCGGGUGGAGAGUGGGAAGAGAGCCCUGAUCUCACGGAUUAUGGGGCCCGUUACGACACCAAAAGUUUCACCGUUCCCGUGGCGGGUGGAGAGUGGGAAGAGAGCCCUGAUCUCACGGAUUAUGGGGCCCGUUACGACACCAAAAGUUUCACCGUUCCCGUGGCGGGUGGAGAGUGGGAAGAGAGCCCUGAUCUCACGGAUUAUGGGGCCCGUUACGACACCAAAAGUUUCACCGUUCCCGUGGCGGGUGGAGAGUGGGAAGAGAGCCCUGAUCUCACGGAUUAUGGGGCCCGUUACGACACCAAAAGUUUCACCGUUCCCGUGGCGGGUGGAGAGUGGGAAGAGAGCCCUGAUCUCACGGAUUAUGGGGCCCGUUACGACACCAAAAGUUUCACCGUUCCCGUGGCGGGUGGAGAGUGGGAAGAGAGCCCUGAUCUCACGGAUUAUGGGGCCCGUUACGACACCAAAAGUUUCACCGUUCCCGUGGCGGGUGGAGAGUGGGAAGAGAGCCCUGAUCUCACGGAUUAUGGGGCCCGUUACGACACCAAAAGUUUCACCGUUCCCGUGGCGGGUGGAGAGUGGGAAGAGAGCCCUGAUCUCACGGAUUAUGGGGCCCGUUACGACACCAAAAGUUUCACCGUUCCCGUGGCGGGUGGAGAGUGGGAAGAGAGCCCUGAUCUCACGGAUUAUGGG